GGCUUGAGGCCCGAUGCUGGCCUCCUGUGGAGCAGAUCAACGCUUCUAGCGAACCCAUUUGCACUGGGGAUUCAGCCCUCUCUUUUUCCUGGCGAGGCUUAUGAACCUGUCACCAAGCCAGUGCCUCCGAAAGGAGGAAGUGCGGUGGGACUCAAAGGAUACAUGGCGCCCGCCCCCAGCUAGCUGCUCUUCAGAUGAUCUGCAACCAAGUUGGCUGAUAAAAUAUUUAGUAACGACCCAGUAAACAUGACUGCAAAUACAUUAUAAAGCACUUCAGCGCGACGGCUUAUGAUUAUUUCAAAACUUAAAAAGGAGAUCAUAGAUUGUCACUGUUUCUGUACCCCAGCCGGAAACCGAACCUUUCCGAGGUGGGUUGAUGGGUGGGUGAGCUGCCUCGCCUCCACUCUCCUCUCUCCAGCAGAGCGCUGAGGCUUUCAGCGGCGGCGGUUUGUUUAUUUAUUUAUUUAGUCGUGUAGUUUAAAGGUGGGGGAGGGGGCGUCAAGGACACGCAGUACCUACUCACAAAGCACAGGCUCAGGUGUGUGUGUGCUUCUGUGUAUUAACUGGAAAAGACAGACUCUGGAAGUUUCACAGGGCGAGAAGAGGCCACCGGCUCGCGCUUUGUAUACUUUGCACUUGAAAUCGUUACAUUCAACUGAAUAUUUGGCUCAUUCAGAUUCGAAAAGUCUCCUAACAUCAUCGAAUUCCCUCCUCCGCCCCUCCUCUCUAAAGAGAGGAGGGGGGGGGUUAGGAAAUGUUUAGUAAAUUGCACAUCUUUGAAUCUUCCUAAAGCAGUGGUCACAAAGCUUAAAGGUGACAUAACAGAGCUCACGUAAACCAACACACUUCCCCCCACCCCCCAAGCCAACAAUAAAAUCAUCCCCUUCAAUUUGCCAUGAUCGUCGCGACCAGGAGCCAGAAAUUUCUCAAUGUGAGCAGCAGCUACCCACAUUCGGGCGGAUCUGAGCUUGUCUUGCACGAUCAUCCCAUUAUCUCGACCACUGACAACCUGGAGAGAAGUUCACCUUUGAAAAAAAUUACCAGGGGGAUGACGAAUCAGUCAGAUACAGACAAUUUUCCUGACUCCAAGGACUCACCAGGGGACGUCCAGAGAAGUAAACUCUCUCCUGUCUUGGACGGGGUCUCUGAGCUUCGUCACAGUUUCGAUGGCUCUGCUGCAGAUCGUUACCUCCUCUCUCAGUCCAGCCAGCCACAGUCUGCGGCCACUGCUCCCAGUGCCAUGUUCCCGUACCCCGGCCAGCACGGACCGGCGCAUCCCGCCUUCUCCAUCGGCAGCCCCAGUCGCUACAUGGCCCACCACCCGGUUAUCACCAACGGAGCUUACAACAGCCUGCUGUCCAACUCCUCGCCGCAAGGCUACCCCACGGCCGGCUACCCCUACCCACAGCAGUACGGCCACUCCUACCAAGGAGCUCCGUUCUACCAGUUCUCCUCCACCCAGCCCGGGUUGGUGCCGGGCAAGGCGCAGGUAUACCUGUGCAACAGGCCACUUUGGUUGAAAUUUCAUCGGCAUCAAACGGAGAUGAUCAUCACUAAACAGGGAAGGCGCAUGUUUCCCUUUUUGAGUUUUAAUAUUUCUGGUCUCGAUCCCACCGCUCAUUACAAUAUUUUUGUGGAUGUGAUUUUGGCGGAUCCCAAUCACUGGAGGUUUCAAGGAGGCAAAUGGGUUCCUUGUGGCAAAGCGGACACCAAUGUGCAAGGAAACCGGGUCUAUAUGCAUCCGGAUUCCCCCAACACUGGGGCUCACUGGAUGCGGCAAGAAAUCUCUUUUGGAAAAUUAAAACUAACCAACAACAAGGGAGCAUCCAACAACAAUGGGCAGAUGGUGGUUUUACAGUCCCUUCACAAGUACCAGCCCCGUCUGCACGUGGUAGAAGUGAACGAGGACGGCACCGAGGACACCAGCCAGCCUGGCCGUGUCCAGACGUUCACUUUCCCGGAGACUCAGUUCAUCGCUGUCACCGCCUACCAGAACACCGAUAUCACACAACUAAAAAUAGACCACAACCCCUUUGCAAAAGGAUUUCGAGAUAAUUAUGACACGAUCUACACGGGCUGCGACAUGGACCGCCUGACCCCCUCGCCCAACGACUCUCCGCGCUCGCAGAUCGUGCCCGGCGCCCGCUACGCCAUGGCCGGCUCUUUCCUGCAGGACCAGUUCGUGAGCAACUACGCCAAGGCCCGCUUCCACCCGGGCGCCGGCGCGGGCCCGGGCCCGGGGACGGACCGCAGCGUGCCGCACACCAACGGGCUGCUGUCCCCGCAGCAGGCCGAGGACCCGGGCGCGCCGUCGCCGCAGCGCUGGUUCGUGACGCCGGCCAACAACCGGCUGGACUUCGCGGCCUCGGCCUACGACACGGCCACGGACUUCGCGGGCAACGCGGCCACGCUGCUGUCGUACGCGGCGGCCGGCGUCAAGGCGCUGCCGCUGCAGGCCGCGGGCUGCACGGGCCGCCCGCUCGGCUACUACGCCGACCCCUCGGGCUGGGGCGCGCGCAGCCCCCCGCAGUACUGCGGCGCCAAGUCGGGCUCCGUGCUGCCCUGCUGGCCCAACAGCGCCGCGGCCGCCGCGCGCAUGGCCGGCGCCAACCCCUACCUGGGCGAGGAGGCCGAGGGCCUGGCGGCCGAGCGCUCGCCCCUGGCGCCCGCCGCCGCCGCCGCCGCCGAGGACGCCAAGCCCAAGGACCUGUCCGACUCCAGCUGGAUCGAGACGCCCUCCUCCAUCAAGUCCAUCGACUCGAGCGACUCGGGCAUUUACGAGCAGGCCAAGCGGAGGCGGAUCUCGCCCGCCGACACGCCGGUGUCCGAGAGCUCGUCCCCGCUCAAGAGCGAGGUGCUGGCCCAGCGGGACUGCGAGAAGAACUGCGCCAAGGACAUAGGCGGCUACUACGGCUUCUAUUCGCACAGCUAGGCCGCCCGGCCCGCGCCCCGCGCCCCCCUAACCUCCCCCCACGCCCCCCACCCCACCCCAAGGCCCCUCUGCUCUGCCCCCCACGUCCUCCUCCCCAGGCCCGCUCUUGCGCACUCGCUGGCUCUUUCACCUGA